GUCAUGUGACUAACCACGUGACUUUUUGCGGAAGUAAGAAAGUCAACAACAUGCAUGAAUCUUCUUGAGCCGAAUGUAGUUUUAAUGGCGCGAUAUUUUGCGGUGUUAUUACUCAUCGCUGCGUUUACGGACACAGCUCUGUGUCUGCAGGAGUCAUGCGGGGCCGAGCAGGGAAGCGACGCCCGGCAGGGAGAACCAAGCUGCGGCUGUGAAAACCUGAAGAGAGACGCUGUCUUUACUGCUGCCGCCGAGGACAGGGUGGAGGACAGGACAGCCUCAGUGGACGAAGCCGCCAAAUACUCCAGAGACUCCAACGAGAAGCUGCCAGAUGCUGAGGAAAAUGAGAAGGGCACACAGAGUCAGAUGGUGCUGAUUUCUGGAGGAGAGUUCCUGAUGGGCACAGAUAACCCUGGCAUCCCUGCAGAUGGCGAAGGUCCCCAGAGGCUGGUGUACGUGGACUCCUUCUACAUGGACAUCCAGGAAGUCACGCACAGGCAGUUUCAGAGCUUUGUCAGUGCCACAGGAUAUGUCACUGAGGCAGAGAAAUUUGGAGACUCUUUUGUGUUUGAGGGGAUUUUGAGUGAGACGGUCAAGAACCAGAUCACCCAGGCAGUGGCUGCUGCCCCCUGGUGGCUACCUGUCAAAGGGGCCAACUGGAGGCAACCUGAGGGUAUAGACUCCAACAAUGCAGACAGGCUGGACCAUCCUGUGGUACAUGUGUCCUGGGCAGAUGCCGUGGCCUACUGUUCCUGGGCCAACAAGAGACUUCCUACAGAGGCAGAAUGGGAGUACGCCUGCAGGAGUGGACUGAAAGACAGACUUUAUCCCUGGGGAAACAAGUUGAACCCAAAAGGACAACACUACGCCAACCUGUGGCAGGGGGAUUUCCCCAACCACAACACUGGAGAGGACGGAUAUGUCAAAACCUCACCAGUGAUGUCCUAUCCUGCCAACGGCUUUGGUCUGUAUGAUAUGGUGGGUAACGCUUGGGAAUGGACUGCAGACUGGUGGGCUGUGCAUCACACCACUGAACGGCAGCACAAUCCAACGGGUCCUCCUUCAGGCAAAGACAGGGUGAAGAAGGGAGGUUCAUAUAUGUGCCACAAGUCCCACUGUUACAGAUACCGAUGUGCGGCCCGUAGCCAGAACACUCCCGACAGCUCAGCUUCUAAUCUUGGUUUUCGCUGCGUCUCUCAGGAGCAACAGUGACCUGACCUGCUUGUCUCCAUCACAUGGUCUGUUCUCCCAUCUGCUGUCCGACCCCUGUGCUGGAUGCAGAGAUGAUCCGUGAAAGCAGAAUUUGUUUUUUACUCACUUUACUUUCACCAAAUUCUUGUGUAAUGAUUUACAUUUGGAGUCAGGAUUAUAUUACACUGCUGCAUAUGACGUCAUUCCUUUGGUUUGGUUGUUUUUGUCAUACUUUUCCUGAGAAAUGUGUGGGAAAAGAUUGAUGGUGUCUGAGCUCAAGCAGUGUGGGGCAGUGAAUUUGCAAAUUACAGUUUGUCAUUAUCAGCUGUUGGAUGGUUAAGAUGAAGACUAAACAUAAUUUCUUAAUGUAUACAGAGAUUGUUGUAAAACUGUUGUAAAAUAUUUUUGUAUACUUUUAUUAAACAAAUUGAAUGGAA